AUGCGUGCACGCCGCCUCGCGUUCUUGAUCUUCGUGUUUGUGGCCGAUAUCUCGCUCGAUGUCGCUGCUAUAGACCUGAGCAGCACGCCCCGUUUGAAAGCAACUACACCCCUUGCAAGAAAAGUAACAAACCUCUACAAUGCAGCUAUGAACAACCACACAGUUGCCGAGCAGGACAACGAGGAAAGGGGACGUUGGACACCGAACAUCUUUCGUGGAUGGUUUGGGUCGAAGACUAGCGACUCAGCCCUUCGCUACACCCAGUUGCCUGCUACACUAGAGAGUGCUGAGCAUGCUAAGUUUACGGAGUGGGUGAAGAAGUAUGGCAUCCGAGAGGAAGAAAGCGGCAAGGGGGUGGCUCAAAAUAGUCGCUUGUUGGAUGAUGAUGAUGAUGCGCAAGUCGCCGUCACAAUGCGCCUAGUCGAGAAUAGUCUCGUUGACAUGAAGAACAACAAGGCAUCGACCGACGUUCAGCUACGAUUCUUUGAAUGGCUUCGAGAAAGACCCGCCACGGAACGUCACGCUCAUAAUUUCCUGCGAUUGUACUGCAAGGAAAACGUAGUGGCAACGCAAGAAAUUUUCAAGAUGUGGCGUGAGAAGGGCGUGCAUCCCGACAAGUUAUUCGACAUUGUCCGCCCGUGGGACAAUGGAAUAGAACUGUGGCUUAGUUACACCAAGCAGUUCUUAGUGUCGUAUGAAGAUGUUAAGACGUACGUCGUCAGGGUGGCCGAUGACAUUGUGAAGACUUGUCCGAACGACAAACUCCUGGAUUAUGCCCAUGAGUUUGAAGAAGUGCACAAUAAGUACCUCGUCGACUUUGCCUGGGCGAUGCAAAAAAGGUUUUUUGGUCGCAUGAUCGACGAAGGUGUCAAACCUUCAAAAGUCGGAUGGAAAUUCUUAAGUGGUGGUGGAAUUAUGCCCUCGGAGAGUGACGCCAAGUUCCGCAUUUUCAGAAAAUACACCGAACAGUUUGCAGCUGAUAAAGAUGCAAAGCAUGCAGCUGAUGAAGAUACAGGGCAUGCAACUGCUGAACGUAUCAGGUAUGUGGACAUAGCGAGAGAUUGCUUUAAACCUAAUACUCUGAAAGCAUUGAGAGAUGGUGUGAAAGAGGUGGAAUUGUGA